AUGUGUGGAGGUUUCCUUCAAGUUAUAGGCGACACCUUCGGUGUGGAUAAGUCCACCGUUUCCCGUGCCAUUACUGGUGUGUCCCGAGCUCUAGCGGCAAAACAGCCCCGCUUUAUCAAGUGGCCUUUGACACAUGACGAAUGUGCAAAAAUUAAAAACGAAUUUUAUAUUCGCGGAGGAUUUCCUGGCGUUGUUGGAUGUGUGGACGGAACUCACGUGAGAUUACAAGCACCUACACAGAAUGAAAACAACUAUGUCAACAGAAAAGGUUUUCAUUCCAUCAAUGUACAAGCUGUCUGCAACCAUGAAGGCAUGUUUACCAAUGUUGUUGCCCGCUGGCCAGGAAGUACUCACGAUAGCCACGUCUUUCGGACCAGUAACAUUUGCAGUUAUUUGCAAAAUAACCAUCGCUCCCUCGAUGAUGGCGUUCUUCUCGGGGACAGUGGGUACGCCUGCAGUCCAUUCUUAAUGACACCGUUUGCAACAACAAGAACUCCAUCCCAAGAAGCCUACAAUAGUGCGCACACAAAAACGAGAGUGGUGAUUGAGCAAACGUUCGGCCGAUGGAAAAGGCGAUUUCAUGUGUUGCAUGCAGAAAUUAGAAUGGCACCUGAAAAGGUUUGCAUGAUUGUGGGUGCUUGUGCAGUGUUGCACAACAUCGCUUUGCUGUUACACGAGCCUAUGGAGGAUGAAGAGGUAGAAGAGCUGGCAGAUGUGGAUCCCUACCAUGGACCACAACAGGGUCUGUCAAUAAGGGACCACAUCUGUCAAACAUUUUUUGGUUGA